AACUUCUGGAAUAUAAUAAACCCCUUUUUGACUAUGUUCUAAGAAUUCAAAACCCUUCUACUUUUCUCGACAAUGUCUUUGGAAUCUGGGUUUUUCGUUUCUCUUUUCCUUCACAUUCCUUUCUCCCUUUUUAUAUAGAUUUCAAAUUUGUGUAUCUUACCCAUUUCUCUUCUCUGUUUUCCCUCUUCUGGGUUCGCUGCAGUUUGAACCAUAGACGCGCGUGGAGGGAAACACUUCUGGGUUCGUUCGUUCUGUUCUCUACAGACCUCCGAUGGAAGCUCUGUGGAUUUUCAGCUUCGUUCUCGUUCUGGGGUUGGUUUUUGCGCCGAUCAAUGGCGACCCAGUUGAAGAUAAGCGAGCUUUGCUUGAUUUUGUGAAGAAUCUUCCUCAUUCUCGCUCUCUUAAUUGGAAUGCGGCUUCUCCGGUUUGCCAUUACUGGACUGGUAUAACUUGCAGUAAAGAUGAUUCUCGUGUUAUAGCCGUUCGAUUGCCCGGAGUUGGCUUCCACGGCCCGAUUCCGGCGAACACUCUCAGCCGGCUCUCGGCGUUACAAAUCUUGAGUCUAAGAUCCAACCGUAUAACAGGGGAUUUCCCAUCUGAUUUCUCAAAUCUUAUUAACUUGUCUUAUCUUUAUCUUCAGUUCAACAACUUCUCCGGGCCAUUGCCUUCCAAUUUCUCUGUUUGGAAGAAUCUCACCUCUGUGAAUCUCUCUAACAAUGGCUUCAAUGGCCGCAUUCCUUAUUCGCUUUCUAAUCUUCCAGCACUCACGGGUUUGAGUCUCGCAAAUAACUCUCUCUCAGGAGAAAUCCCUGACCUCCAAAUGCCCAAAUUGCAGAUUCUGGAUUUAUCCAACAACAAACUGAAUGGGAGUGUGCCUAAAUCAUUACAGAGAUUUCCAAGGUCUGUAUUUGUAGGCAAUGACAUAUCCUUGAGGGAUUGCUCGAGUCCAUGCCGAAAAUGGAGGGAAGCUAGUCCAUGGCAAUGUGAAAUCCUCAAACAUCUUUCUAAACUCUCAACAAUAUGGAUGUGUGUCUGAUCUUGGACUAGCAACCAUAACAAGCUCACUCUCUCCACCUAUAUCCCGUGCUGCUGGUUACCGAGCCCCGGAAGUGACCGACACCCGCAAGGCAACACAGGCUUCAGAUGUUUUCAGCUUCGGCGUGGUACUCCUCGAGCUUCUUACCGGGAAGUCUCCAAUACACGCAACGGGUGGUGAAGAGAUCGUCCACUUGGUGAGAUGGGUUCACUCAGUUGUCCGAGAGGAGUGGACAGCUGAAGUAUUUGAUAUACAGCUAAUGAGGUAUCCCAACAUAGAGGAAGAAAUGGUUGAGAUGUUGCAGAUAGCCUUAUCAUGU